GACAGGAUGGCCUCACUAGGCCUUGUUGUGGUAGAUGAGGUGAGAUAAAUGCCGAUAUCAUGUGUUAUUUUCAGUGAUAAGAUGUAAUUGUUAAGUCGAAAUCAGCUGAUAUGAUGAAGUAGAUGACUUUAGUGGAUUUUAAUGUAAAAACAAAUAUUAAAAUGCUGCCACUGUCAUUCAUUUAGAAAGACUAUUACGUCUGCUAAAAUAUUCUUUAAAAAUCUUAAAUUAUUUAAAUAUUGCAAGCCGCAUAAUGGAGGCUUUGAUGCUGCCUUUUCCUCUCUUAUUUGAUAUCAACAUUUUGAGCCUUACUGUCUUAGAGAAAAUGAUACAUGAAAGGCAGCCAUAGAUAUUCUCUCUGUCUAACGGGACAUUCUAUUUAAAAAAUGAACGCUUUUAAUUUUUAAUUUUGAAAAUAAACAAUUUUUUUUAAAGUAAGCUCAUGUGACAAAAAAAAACUUACACAUUUUUUUUUUGACGCAGAGGAACAUAAAUAUGUUUGUGAGUUUUUUUUUAAAAUUUUAAUUUCUAUAUUGAUUUCCAGCUCCACAUGAUUGGAGAAGGUGGUUCUAGAGGAGCGACGUUAGAAGCCACCCUCAUGAAAAUUACAACAGCAAACAGUGGGUAAAAUUUCUUAGGUGUUUUAAAGUUUAUUUUCAAUCUACAAAUUAUAAAUACUAAUGCAAACGUUAUCCUUUAAAUUACAAAAUCCCAAACUUUUUCACUAUUAUAUAAAAAAGUGAUUAAAUCAUAAAUUUGCAAUCUUGCAUUAAACUUAAUUUAAAUUAUGCAAGGAAAAAAAUUGAGCUGGGCUUGUAUUUUUCUAUUAGUUUUUAUUGUAAUUUUAAAAAUAUUUGUGUCCUCUGAAAUAAUUAUAAAGGGUACUGUCAAAUAUAAUUAUAUUGAAUCAGUAACUGUCCUUCAGAACUCCAUGCUUUGUAAAACAUAUUAUUUUAAGAAAGACUUUGAUAGAGGACCUAUUAUUGUUAUAAGCACACUUUUAUUGUCUUUACAAAAACUAGUCUUAGUAUCCAUCCUUGUGGUGCUACGGCCCAUGAAGGGCUUUGGCCUGCCUCACCACAUUCUUCCACUCAGACCUAACUAAUGCUUUUAUUUUCCUUGCGUAGAUUCCAAGCAGCUGUAGAUCUUUAACUACAUCAUCUAUCCAUCUAAGGCUAGGUCUACCUUUGAAUCGUUUUACCAUUUGGUUGGCUAUGGCUCCCGCUCUAAAUAGGCUUAGUACGUUCCAAGGCCACAAUCCGAAGUCAUGUAGAUGCUAGUAUUUGCAUAUUCCUAUUAUUGUUAGUUCAAUGAUGUACUUUCAGGUAACACACAGAUCAUUGGCAUGAGCGCAACACUCAACAACAUCAAGGACUUACAGGAUUUCUUGGCUGCAGAGGUUUACUACAAUGACUUUAGACCGGUGUGUACCAACUAAAUAAUGCUUUGUUUCAUUCAGAAAAUGUUUGCUUUCCAUAAGUAACACACAAAUGCAAUUUAUUUGGAAAGCUGUUUGUUGAUUACAUUGAAAACCAAAUCUAAUAGUGCUUGGAGCUUCUAAACUUUUGAAAAUUAUAUUUAGUUUCAGUUUCUUUAUUUGUAAAACUCUGUUCAAUUUACUAGUUUCUUUGUGCCUUGUUAAUGUUUCAAAGCCAAGCUAAGAUUAAAAAAUCCACAAAUCUGAUAGAGGAUAGGAAACAUCAGUUUUGGAUUAAUUUGUCAUGGAGAAAACUGAAUUUUAGCAUUGAAUGUGAAAGUGAGACGGUAAAAAAAAAUGUUAAUGUUUAAUGCCAGAUGAGAUUAUUUUAAACGGAUGCAAGAAAUAUGAUUGGAAGGUGGGGAAAACGUCUGUGUGGUUGGUGUAAAUUGUUAUAUUAUAAGAACUGUGCAGCAAUAAAUUUAUCCAGUAUAAUGAGAUUAAUGACAUUUGUUUGAAAAACUCUUUCAGGUUAUAUUGGAGGAAUAUGUCAAAGUGGAGGACAACUUGUUCAAAGUGAAUCAGAAAGCUUUGGAUCAGGAUAGCAAGCUUGAGCAUGAACGCUUCCUAACCUAUCCGGUAUCUAUAUCUAUCUUUUUCAUAGUAAUUGUUCAAUUGGUUUAAAGUUAUAACCGCAAGGAUAUGCUUUUCCUUUUUUUUUUCAUUUUUAUAGUGCCGCCACUUUAGCCGACAUUUUUUUUAUCAGCUUUUUAUAAAGUACUUCACCUUUUAUCUACUUUUUUGUUACAGUAGUUUGCCAUUUAUCUACAACUUUAAAGAAUCCACUUAAUAAAACGUAUGCCUACUGUUUCAGUUUCAACCAAUUUCUAUAUCUGAUUGAGGAUUUACUAUUUUUAAACCAAGCUUUUCAACUGCGAAUCUUAUUUAUUUAAUGUAUCUUCCCCCUCCCCAGUACAACAAGGAGCUCCACAGAGAGGACCCUGAU